CCGCGCCGCCAAAGGGCAACGCGGCGCUCUGCCUUCGUUUAGGGUUUUCCAACACAAAGGUAGCCCUUAGGGUUGAUCGCCUGGGAGCUGGCGCCGUUUUGAUCCCUGCGAUCGGCCGCUCCUCCCACGCCGGCGCUCAGAAAAAAAGACCAAAAAAAUCAUAAAGGGGAGGGAAAAAAUAGAAAAAAAAAACACACCAUGGCUCAGAUUCAAGUCCAGCCUUCUCCCGGCAGCGCUGGAGCAGUGCCAGUCCCAGUCCCGGUCUCUGUCCCGGUCUCUCCGGCGGCUCCAAACCAGUUCUUCUCGACUUCACUCUAUGUGGGCGAUUUGGAUCCGAAUGUGACUGAGGGCCAGCUCUACGAUGUCUUCAACCAGGUUGCUCCAGUGCUGUCCAUUCGGGUGUGUCGGGAUCUUAUCUCCAAGCGCUCCCUCGGAUAUGCUUAUGUCAAUUACAACACUGGUCAGGAUGCCAGCCGAGCGCUGGAGAUGCUAAACUUUUCUCUCGUCAAUGGGAAGCCGAUACGUAUCAUGUUUUCUCAUCGGGACCCCAGCAUUCGAAAGAGUGGAAUGGCAAACAUUUUCAUCAAGAACCUCGACAAGAGCAUCGACAACAAGGCACUGUAUGAUACUUUCGCGCAGUUUGGGAACAUCCUCUCGUGCAAGGUGGCCGUGGACAGCAGUGGUCAGUCAAGGGGCUAUGGCUUUGUCCAGUUUGAACAGGAAGACGCGGCACAAAGUGCUAUUAAACAAGUGAAUGGGAUGCUUUUGAUUGAAAAGCAAGUGUUUGUGGGGCCUUUUGUCCGACGGCAGGAAAGGGACUUGACAGGGGGGGUCACAAAGUUCAAUAAUGUGUAUGUAAAGAAUCUGGGCGACGCGACCACCGACGACGAUUUGAAGCGGGUUUUCGGAGAGUUUGGGCCGAUUAGCAGCGCGGUAGUGAUGCGGGAUCCGGAAGGGAAGUCCAAGUGCUUUGGCUUUGUCAACUUUGAGAAUGCUGACGACGCUGCUCUGGCUGUAGAAGAGUUGAACGGGAAGAAGAUGGAUGACAAGGAGUGGUACGUGGGAAGGGCUCAGAAAAAGUCCGAAAGGGAGGCCGAGUUGAGGGCCAGGUACGACCAGGAGAGGAAGGAGCGGAGUGACAAGUAUCAAGGCGUCAACCUCUACUUGAAAAAUCUGGAUGACACCAUUGACGAUGACAAGCUCCGAGAGCUGUUCCACGGGUUUGGAACUAUAAUCUCCUGCAAGGUGAUGCGGGAUCCGCAGGGACACAGCAAAGGAUCUGGCUUUGUGGCCUUCUCCACGACAGAAGAAGCCAACCGAGCGAUGACUGAGAUGAACGGUAGGAUGGUUGCAAAUAAGCCGAUUUAUGUCGCGCUGGCCCAAAAGCGCGAUGAAAGGCGGCGAUUCAACGCUGCUCAAGCGCAGUUUGCUCCAUUCCGGGUUCCGGUCGGGCUAGGACCAGCUGUUGCUUCGAGUGUUCCCAUGUUUCACCCUGGAGCAGGGAUGGGGCAGCCAGUUUUUUACGGCCAGCAUCCGCCAGCUUUUCCACCUCAACCGGCUGGAUUCGCGUAUCAGCAGCAGAUGAUGUCUGGAAUGAGGCCCGGUGGACCUCAAUUACCUUUCUACUCUCUGCCGAUUGUCCAACGCCAACCUCAACCACAGCAGCGGCCGAACGCUCGCAGGGGCGGUGCUCCGCAGCAGCAACAGCAGCAGCAGCAGCAGCAGCAGCAGCAGCAGCAGCAGCAGCAGCAGCCACCGCAGUUGAUGUCUCAACAGCGAGGACGCAACUUCCGUUACACUCCGACCUCUAGGAAUUCGUCUGAUGCGGGUGGGAUGCUUCCCGUGCCGCUAGAAGCCUCCGAGACUGGAAUUCUUCCUCCGAUCAAUGUUCUUGCCUCUGCUUUGGCGUCGGCAUCACCAACCGAUCAACGAGUGAUGCUUGGAGAGCAGCUGUAUCCGCUGGUGGAUAACUUGGAGCACGAGUGCGCGGGGAAAGUGACGGGCAUGCUUUUGGAGAUGGAUCAAACCGAGGUGUUACACUUGAUUGAAUCGCCUGAAGCACUCAAGGCCAAGGUUGCGGAAGCUAUGGACGUGUUGAGGAAUGCAAAGCUCUCUUGAGCGUGAGCGAGAUUUUUUUUCUUCCUUUUUGGCCUUUAAAAUGAAUUUUUGAUGUUUUUCUUUUGAUUUAAGUACAAGUUGAUUCUCUCAUUGUUAA